UCCAGUUCUGGGAUUACUGGAAGGCCCAAAGGAUGUCCGUCCGAGAGAGCGCGGCCGGCUUCCUCCUCCUUUGGGAAGCUGCUCUGGGCCUCUAUUUCCCCCGGGAUACGUACUCAGAGAAGCUGUACGUGGACCAGCCAGCCGGCACGCCCCUGCUCUACGUCCAGGCCUUGCGGGAUUCUCAGGAGGAGGUUCCACGCUUCCAGCUGGGGCAGCACCUGUAUGGCAGUUACCGUUCCCAGCUCCACGAGAAUCUCUGGUUCCAGAUCCAUGAAGACACAGGACUGCUCUACAUCAACAGGAGUCUGGGCUGGAAGGACUUGAAGAGCCUGAGUGCCCUUAACGGAGGAUAUCCUUUGCUAAACAUCCACCUGCAUGUUUUCCUUUCCCCCAAACCUUUCUGGGAGAAUGAAUGCCUCUGGCCUAGCUGCGCGAAAGUGUCUCUCUCCAUCAUCAACACCACCGCCCCAGCCUGCAGCUCUCUGAAGGCCAGGGAGUUCUGCUUCCUGGAUAUGGGCCUCUCUUUCCGCAUCAAGGAGAACAAGCCUCCCGGCACAUUCCACCAAUUCCGUCUGCUCCCUGUGCAGCAGCUCUGUCCCAACAUCAGUAUCUCCUACCGGCUGAUAGCAGAUGCAGGUGUCCCCUUUCGCUGUGACGAGGAAAGCAUGGAGGUGAGCACGCGGCAGCCCCUGGACCGGGAGCAGAGGGAGAAGUAUGAGCUGAUGGCCAAGUGCACAGUGAGGAUGGAGGCCAGGGAAGUGGAUGUGGUCGUGCCCUUCCCCGUGACCGUGUACGAUGAGGACGACACAGCUCCCUACCUCCCCCGUGGCAUCAGCACCGCGGACGCGGUUGUGGAGUACAAGCGGAAGGAGGGGACCAUAUUGGCCAAGCUGACAGUGCAGGAUGCAGACGUGACACCGUCCUCGGGGGAGCUCAUCCGGAAAUACACGAAUACCAUCGUGACCAGUGACCCUUGGGUCAGCGAGUCCUUCCGAGUGGACCACACACCAAAUGAGACCACAGUCAACUCCAAUGGCAGCUUAGUGCGGGCAACCCAGCACGAAUACAGGCUUGUGCUGAACCGCAGCUUCCCCAUCACAGAGAGCCGAUCCGUCCAAGUGGAUGUGCUGGUGAACGAUACCGAUUUCCAAGGCCCGGAGGGAUCGUUGCUGCUCCACUUCAAUGUGACCAUCUUGCCUGUCAGCAUCCGAUUUAAGAACAGCUCCUACUCGUUUUCUGUCAACAGGAACGCUCACCAAUAUGCACAGAUUGGAAAAGUCUGCAUUGAAAAUUGCAAGGAGUUUUAUGGAGUAAACAUCGUCUACAGGUUGCAGUCUCUCAACUCCAACUGCAGUGCUCUAGGGAUUCUUACCGCCCUGGAAGAAACAACAGGACAUCUUUACGUGAAUGACUCCACUAUAGUCCAAAGGCCAGAGUGUACAGAAAUACAGUAUACGGUAGUUGCCUUGGACAAACAGAGCAAGAAGCAAGCCAAAACCUCUAUUAUUGUUGUAGUAGAAGGAACUAUUAUGCCUCAGGAGCAAGGUUGCCCUUCUUCCUGUGCAGUCAGCAAGCGGCGCUCUGAGUGUGAAGAGUGUGGCGGCCUAGGAACGCUCACGGGCAAGUGCCAGUGGAGGCAAGGAGACGGAAAAGGGAUCACCAAGAACUAUUCAACAUGCACUCCAAGCCUCAAGACUUGUCCAGAUGGCAUCUGUGAUACUGUUGAGAGUAGAUACCCUGCCAUAUGUCCUCAGGAUUGCACAAGGGGCGAAAUCAUCGGUGGUCAUGAGCGCGGGGACCGCCGGGGAAUAAAAGCUGGCUAUGGCACCUGUAACUGUUUCCCAGAAGAAAAGAAGUGUUUUUGUGAGCAAGAAGAUGACAAAGAAGCACUCUGCGACGACGUCUGCCGGACGGUAAUCGCGGGCGCCGUCCUCCUCUCCUUCAUCAUCUCGGUGCUGCUCUCGUCCUACUUCAUCCACCGCUACCACAAGAACUCGCCCAAGCCGCCCAUCGCCUCGGCGGAGAUGACUUUCCGACGGCCCGCGCAAGCCUAUCCCAUCAGCUACUCUUCUUCUAACGUGCGACGGCCCUCUCUGGAUUCUCUGGAGAACCAGGUGUCAGUGGACACCUUCAAGAUCCCUGAAGAUCCAAAAUGGGAGUUUCCUCGGAAGAACCUGGUUCUUGGAAAAACUCUUGGGGAAGGCGAGUUUGGGAAAGUUGUCAAAGCUACAGCUUUCCGACUCAAGGGAAAAGCCGGCUACACCACCGUGGCUGUGAAAAUGCUGAAAGAAAAUGCAUCCCAGAGUGAACUCCGUGAUCUGCUGUCAGAGUUCAACCUCCUGAAACAGGUCAACCAUCCACACGUCAUUAAACUCUACGGAGCUUGCAGUCAGGAUGGGCCUCUGUACCUGAUUGUGGAGUAUGCCAAAUACGGCUCCCUUCGGAGCUUUCUCAGGGAAAGCCGGAAGGUGGGACCCAGUUACGUGGGCAGUGAUGGCAAUCGGAAUUCGAGCUACUUGGACAACCCCGAUGAGAGGGCACUGACGAUGGGAGACUUGAUCUCAUUCGCCUGGCAGAUCUCUCGAGGAAUGCAGUACCUUGCGGAAAUGAAGCUGGUUCAUCGUGAUCUCGCUGCCAGAAACGUGCUGGUGGCAGAAGGACGUAAAAUGAAGAUUUCGGAUUUUGGCUUGUCCCGGGAUGUGUACGAAGAGGACUCCUAUGUCAAGAGGAGCAAGGGUCGAAUCCCUGUCAAGUGGAUGGCGAUUGAGUCUCUUUUUGAUCAUAUCUACACUACCCAAAGUGAUGUGUGGUCAUUUGGUGUUCUACUCUGGGAGAUCGUGACCCUCGGUGGUAACCCUUAUCCUGGGAUUGCUCCAGAACGACUCUUUAACCUCCUGAAAACUGGUUACAGAAUGGAGAGACCUGAAAACUGCAGUGAGGAAAUGUACAAUUUGAUGUUGCGGUGCUGGAAGCAAGAACCAGAUAAGAGACCAACCUUUGCAGAGAUUAGCAAAGAACUAGAGAAAAUGAUGGUGAAAAGUAGGGACUACUUGGAUCUUGCUGCUUCCACCCCAUCCGACUCCUUACUCUAUGAUGACGGCCUCUCCGAAGAGGAGACACCCCUCGUGGACUGUAAUAAUGCUCCCCUCCCUCGAACCCUUCCUUCCACAUGGAUUGAAAACAAACUCUAUGGCAUGUCAUACCCGAACUGGCCCGAGGAGAGUCCUGUACCACUCACAAGAUUCGAUGGCACUAACUCUGUGUUUUCAAGAUAUGCAAAUGAUAGUGUAUAUGCUAACUGGAUGGUUUCACCCUCAGCGGCAAAAUUUAUGGACAAGUUUGAUAGUUAAAAUUUCUUUGUGAAAGGUAAUGGACUCACGAGGCGAAGGAACUGCAAAGAAUGGGAAGUCCACUGGCUCGUUCUUUGUGCAAUUCAAACCUGGUUAAGCCAACGUUAAUUUCUAGACUGGCAAACUCGUUUUUGGUAGUUUGUUUUAACUGCUUUCCAAAGUGGCUUUACUUAUGAUUGUUUGUGAUUUCCCCUCUCAGAGCGCAUAUCAGACUAGAUGAGAAUUCUAGUUUCAGGACUUGACAGAGCCAAUUUUUUACUCACCAACUGAGCAGAUAACCCGAUUUGGUCCAUGUUUAUGACUGACCAUGCACUUCAUGCUUACAACUUUUGAGGUCAAUUGUUCAUUAAUUAUGGAUAUAGUUGAAUACGACACAGUUGUACCCGAAAGUUCCAUUUUUAUGGUUGCCUCGUACCAAGGCAGCAUGAUACAAGCAUGAAACACAAAGAAGAAAAAAAAUUUUCAGAAAAACAUUUGGUCCCGAUUAGCUGAACUUGUCAGUCAGAAGUAGGGUUAGCAGUGUCUUGACAAUAAAGCGAAACCCUGUCUUAGGCCUGAGGGGAAACAGGAAACCUUAGUACAGAACUUGUCUCAACAUUUGAGAUCUUUAAAAUUUGUAGAAGUAUAUUAUCUUUCCUUAGCAAGAGGAACAUUUCUUUUACCAGAUUUAAAAUGAUUCUUACCUUUAGCACAAUGAAGAGGAGUUUGAUACCAGAUAUGCUAUCUAUAGAUUGAUGUAGGUGAAGCGCAUUCACGAAACACAACUUAUUUCCCAUUACAUCCAUUUUACUAAUAUUACGUUAUAAAAUCAUUAUCAUCAUCAUUUCUAAGAGAGCUGUUUUGAAAGUGCAGGUUAUUUUCAACUGAUUCUCUUCCAGAGAUUUUGC